GGCGGCGGCAGCAGCAUGGCGGCGCGGCCGGGGGGCGGGGCGCGCGGGGUCCCCGCGCUGCCGCUCUCCAACGGCCGGCGCAUCCCGGUGCUGGGGCUCGGUACUUCCCAUCAUGGUGGUUAUUCCCAUGAUGCUGUGGUCUAUGCAUUACAAAAAUGUGGCAUUCGUCAUCUUGACACAGCAAAAAGAUAUGGCUGUGAAUCUCUUCUGCAAAAAGCCAUCAAAGACAGUGGUGUGAAGCGGGAGGACCUCUGGAUAACUACCAAGCUGUGGCAUAGUGAUUAUGGCUAUGAAAAUACAAAAAAAGCCUGUGUGGAGUCCUGUAAAAGACUUGGUGUUGAAUAUCUUGAUCUUUAUUUGAUACACUGGCCUGAUGCACAUGUUUCAGGUAAAAGCAAUCGGGAGGUCCGAGCUGAAACUUGGAGAGCCAUGGAGGAGCUCUAUGAGAAAGGUUUGUGUAGAGCAAUUGGUGUAAGCAACUUUCUUAUCAGUCAUCUUGAGCAACUAGAGGAAGACUGUGUGGUUAUCCCACAUGUUAAUCAGGUUGAAUAUCAUCCUUUCCAAAGACCUCAGGAGCUGGUGGAUUAUUGUAGGAGCAAAAAUAUUAUUUUUGAAGGCUACUGUCCUUUAGCCAAAGGUGAAGCACUCACUCAUCCUACUAUUACUCAGCUGGCAAAGAAAUAUGGCAGAACUCCAGCACAGAUUUGCAUAUGCUGGAGUAUACAGAAUGGGAUUGUCACUAUUCCAAAGUCCACAAGAGAAGAAAGGAUACAGGAAAACUGCAAGGUGUUUGAUUUUACAAUAGCAGAAGAUGAUGUUGAAAUUCUGAAUGGCAUGCAUGAUGGCAGACAUGUUUCCUGGGACCCAGGCCUCGUUGUGUGAAUAAAGGUUUUUGAUUUUAAUCUGAAGGAAGAAGAUACGGAAUUUUUGAACACCAUGAAUGUCAACAGAAAACUAAUUCAUCUAACCUAUCCGCUGUAGAAAGGAUAAUUUCAAAUCAUAUUGCUCUAAACUCAGAAGUGGUGCAACUGAAAUAUUAAUUCAUUUAAAACUGAACAAUAAAUCUAAGUGGUUCUCUUGGGUAUUUAGACUUCCCAUGAAUGGCUUAGAUUUACUAUUAUGUUAAAAAUUAAUAAAAUUAUUUUA